UCCCAGCCGAGUCCUGGACUACCCCGUCAGAGUCCAUGUUCAUCUUUUGAUUCUCACAGAAACGCAAAACAGAUGCGGCGUUGUGCUACGUCGGCGGUGGUAUUACUACUGGCGAUGUGCCUGUGUGUGGCCCACGAGCAUGACCUGCGGGAACUCAUCGCUAGAAAACGUUCGGGGUUGCGGCUUUGUGGUGAAAAGUUGAUCCAAUCACUCAUGGUUCUUUGCGACAACAAGUAUAAUAAGAGAAACAAUCAUCACUACAGUCACGACCGUGGUAGAGGAUGGGAGUACUGGAGGACUCGCAGACAAGCCGUCUCCAUGUUGACCACGACACGUAUGAGACGUGGAGUCGUGGACGAGUGUUGUAUGAAGGCUUGCAGUUUACGAGAACUAAGUUCAUAUUGUCUUUCGUAAUAAAAAUAU